AUGGCGGCCCCGGCAGGCGGCGGGGGCUCCGCGGUGUCGGUGCUGGCACCGAACGGGCGGCGCCACACGGUGAAGGUGACGCCGAGCACCGUGCUGCUGCAGGUCCUGGAGGACACGUGCCGUCGGCAGGACUUCAACCCCAACGAGUACGACCUGAAGUUUCAGAGGAAUGUGCUUGACCUCUCUCUCCAGUGGCGAUUCGCCAACCUACCCAACAAUGCCAAGCUGGAGAUGGUGCCCAUCUCCCGGAGCCGUGAGGGGCCUGAGAACAUGGUGCGCAUCGCUCUGCAGUUAGACGAUGGCUCUAGGUUGCAAGACACUUUCUGCUCGGGCCAGUCGCUCUGGGAGCUUCUCUGCCACUUUUCCCAGAUCAGGGAGUGUCUGGAGCAGCCGUGUGAGGCCAGCCCGGUCUGCGUGUACAUGAGGGAUGAGGUGACCGGCAGAGCUGCCUUGCAGAGCACAACGCUGCAGUCGCUGGGCCUUACUGGGGGCAGUGCGAUCAUCAGGUUUUCCAUGAAGCGAUGUGACUCUGCCAGCAAGCAGGAGCCUGGGGCCUCCUGGAGCAAAAGCCCAGGAAGCCCGACCCCCUCCAUGUCGGCUGACCAGGCAGCCAGCAGCCCUCUGCUCCCGCUGAAUUCAGCAGGGCUCAGCCAGGGCGAUGUGAGCCGUCAGGAUGAGUCAGUGAGCCCGGGUGCCAGCCGCGUGGAUGGCCUAGGCCCGAAACCAGCGGAUGCUCAGGCGAAGCAGAUCUCGAAGGAGCCCCCACCUGCCCCUUUUGUUCCUUUCUCUGGUGGGGGACAGCGACUGGGGGGCCCCUCCGGGUCUGCGAGGCCUCUGAUGUCAUCUUCAGCCAAACUGCCAAAGUCCUUCUCCAGCCCUGCAGGCCCCUCCAAGCCGAAGAAGUCGAGGCCUGGCCAAGAGCCUCAGCCAGAGCCAGAGCCGCCGGUGGACCGAGACCCUGUGGUGUGCCACCCUGACCUGGAGGUGCUGCUCCAGGCCUGGCCUGCAGAGCUGCCUGACGAGUUCUUCGAGGUGACCGUGGAUGACGUCAGAAGACGCUUGGCCCAACUCAAGAGUGAGCGGAAGCGCCUAGAAGAAGCGCCCUUGGUGACCAAAGCCUUCAGGGAGGCUCAGAUGAAGGAGAAGCUGCAGCGCUAUCCUAAGGUGGUCUUGAGGGUCCUGUUUCCUGACCGCUACAUCCUGCAGGGCUUCUUCCGCCCCAGCGAGACCGUGGGGGAUUUGCAGGACUUCGUGAGGAGCCACCUGGGCAACCCCGAGCUGCCAUUCUACCUGUUCAUCACUCCUCCAAAAACCAUCCUGGACGACCACACGCUGACCCUCUUUCAGGCGAACCUCUUCCCUGCUGCCCUUGUGCACUUUGGAUCUGAGGAGCCGACAGGCAUCUACCUGGAGCCCAGGCUGCUGGAACACACCGUCUCCCCAUCUGCAGCUGACGUGCUCGCAGCCAGGUGCAUGUCCAGGGCUGCGGGAACCCCACCCCCACCGCCAGCCCCUGACCCUGCACCCCUUGAGUUGGAGCCAGCUGCUGAGGAAGGGGCAGUGGGGCCCCCUGAGCCCAGCCGGGGGACAGCCCAGCCUGUGAGGAGGGAUCUAGGCAAAGUGCCCAAGUGGUUGAAGCUGCCAGCCGGGAAGAGGUGA